CUGAGCUGAAGUGUUGAAGGAUAGAAAUACCAUCAUUUCCUUCACUCAGACUUAUUUAUAACCUUGUUUUUGUGUGGAUAUCGCUUAAGCGAACCGGAUACGAACACCAGCUUCAACACAGCCAUGGUGUGCAGUAAGUGUCUGAAGCUCACCAAGAGCACAAAGCUUGCGACCCCAGAGGUCAAGAAGAAGAGUGAAAUAUACUACGGAUCACCGGCUUCAUCCAAGGCGAGCGGCUCCAAGUCAGCCACUCUAGGCAACACUGGAGUAUCAAAGAGCAAGCUGCUGUCCAAAGCGGCGAAGAAUCCAUAUGCGGCAUACUCAAGCUCAUGUACGAAAUGUAAAACCAAAAUCACACAAGGCCACUCUUACUGUUCAAAAUGCGCCUUUACAACAGAUUCUUGUCCCAUGUGUGGAAAACCAAACAAAAAAUCUAAUUCCAAAGCUCCAACCAUUGAUGCAUAUAAAAACACGCUGCAAUAAACGAAUCUACAUACGUGCGUAUGGCAAGCUUUCAUUCUAUCUGACACAAGAAUCACCCCGCCGUACAUGCAUAUUCUUUUGAACAGCGGUGAGCACACUCACCCUCCUACGCUACAUCACAUCAACAUUGUUCAGGCAAUGAACUUCAGGCCCUCUACAUGAAUCCGGAAUAGUCACUAGUAGGGAAAGGCUCCCUAGUAGUAAAGAAGAGCCAGAGAGCUGGGCCUGAUGAUAACGAUGAACACACCGGCUUCAAGAGACGUGUAGGCGAUUCGGCAAUUAAAUAUUCUAUGUAGGCAUAGAGUCAAUACGAGUCUAGAUGUAAGACAAGAAUAAUAAUGUUUCG